AUGUUCACUGCGUUGGGAAUAUACUUGGAUAGCUUUGAGAAGCCAUUCCUUGAACGUACAUCUGAAUUUUAUGCUGCUGAAGGCAUCAAAUACAUGCAGCAGUCAGAUGUGCCAGAUUAUCUUAAGCAUGUGGAGGUAAGGUUGCAUGAAGAACAUGAAAGAUGCUUACUAUACUUGGAUGUAAGUACAAGAAAGCCACUAGUAGCAACUGCAGAAAGGCAACUCCUUGAACGCCAUAUAUCUGCAAUUCUUGAUAAGGGUUUCACGAUGCUGAUGGAUGCGAAUCGCAUUGAGGAUCUUCAGAGAAUGUACUCACUUUUUUCUAGGGUCAAUGACCUUGAAUCGUUGAGGCAGGCUCUUAACUCUUACAUUAGGAGAACUGGGCAGGGCAUUGUCUUGGAUGAAGAAAAAGACAAAGAUAUGGUAUCCAGCCUCCUAGAAUUUAAGGCAUCUCUUGAUACCAUAUGGGAAGAAAGCUUUUCAAAGAAUGACACAUUUGGCAACACCAUCAAGGAUGCAUUUGAGCACCUCAUUAAUCUCCGGCAGAAUCGACCUGCUGAGCUUAUUGCCAAGUUUUUGGAUGAAAAGCUUCGUGCUGGGAAUAAGGGUACAUCGGAGGAGGAAUUGGAGGGUACACUUGAUAAAGUGUUGGUUUUAUUCAGGUUUAUACAGGGUAAGGAUGUCUUUGAAGCAUUCUAUAAGAAGGAUCUCGCAAAAAGGCUACUGUUGGGAAAAAGUGCUUCCAUCGAUGCCGAGAAGUCCAUGAUUUCUAAGGUUAAGGAUCUCUUGGGCAUUUUUGUCGAACAUCUUACAUCUCCUUAUCAUACUAAAAAGUUUCCAUCAUUAUUCCAGUUGAAGACCGAAUGUGGCAGCCAGUUUACCAAUAAACUUGAAGGAAUGUUCAAGGUGUAUAUUUUUGCCUAAAAUUCUUUUUUCUAUUCAGAAAUAUUGAGAGAUGUGUAUCUUUAUGUUGUUGAUCAUAAAUUGUGGGAUGUUAG